AGCCAGGCCAGGAAACAGUGGCACUGCCUGCAGGUGGAGAUCGUCCUACAUGCUCUGGAGAAAGGUCUAGAGAGUUCCCUCCACCACACCAAGCGUCAAUACUCCAGCCAGCUGCAGGGCCUGUCAGAGGUCAUCCAAGGCCUGGAGAGCGAGCUGGAGCAGGUGAGGGGCGGCCUGGCCACGCAGCGAGAGCGCCACGGCCAGCUGCUCAAUACCAAGAUGAGGCUGGAGAAAGAGAUCGCCACCUACAGGCGCCURCUGGAGCGCGAGGAGGGCAGGUACCCAGGUGGGCGUAACGGACAGUUCAUGGGGCUGCGGCGCUGGAGGGGCCCCAAAAGAGAGCCAGGCCCCAUAGGGGAGGAGCCCAAAGAGAAUGGAGUGGAGGAGAAYGGCCUCAGUGACCCCGCGGUGACCCCUGAGGAGCCACUGUCCGAGCCCCUGCCUGAGAGACCUCAGCGGUGGUCUGUGACAGAGAACGGCCUGAGGAAGAGCCCUGCACUAACUCUGCAUAGGCAACAGAGCCUGGUCAUCCUUACAGAGCCAGAGAGAGACAAUGAUCUGAGGAUUUCCACAGUGAAGACCCAGGAGAUCUUCCAAGGCAACGUGGUGAGGGAGAGUGCAGAGGGCACUGGUACCGUGGAGACGGACAGGAUUGACAAGGUGAUUAAGCAGUGGGAGGGCUCCUUCUUCAAGGGGAACCCCAAGCUGCGGAAGAAGUCGGUGUCGCUACGAUUCGACCUGCACAUGGCGGCGGCGGAUGAGGGCUGCGCCCAGACCAAGCAGGACAGCCUGCCUGACGUGGAGGUCCGCCUGGUGAUGAAGAGGUCCCGCAGUAUCCCCACCAUCGCGGCAAAUGUCGAGGCAACAGUAUAGUCGAGGCAACAGUACACCUAUCAUUGAUAGGUGAUAUCAUCAUUGAAUUGCCUCCCUCAUAAAUGUUGUGAUCUGGCAACAGCAUCCCUACCCUUGACUGUGAUAUCACCAUGAGAUCAGCAUUGCUUCCCAUUGACCUAGGUUGAAGAUGGGAAGGUUAAGACAAUGAAGUAAUUCCAUGCGGAAGCUUUCGAAAAUAUGGGACCGACCAGCUCCAUUAAUAACUAUUAGCGCCAUUGCUAACUAGCAAUGCUGGUGUUAUGAAUUGCAAAGAGUUAUGAAAUAUUAUAAACUGGGUGGUUCGAGCCCUGAAUGCUGAUUGGCUGACAGCUGKGGUAUAUCAGACCAUACACC